GAUCAAGAACUUCAAAUCCCCGAGAUGGAACAUUCUCCUGAUGAUUCGUUCAUUUCGACGCCUUCUUCUAACUGGAACCCCGCUUCAAAAUCUGCUCCAAAUUUUGCUAACCUAAAGGAAUUUGGACGGUGGUUUUCGAACCCUUUGAAACGUGCAAUUGAGAUGGGUACAGUUUUUGACAACGGGAAUCUUCAAUGAGUAUCCAAAUUGCACACUGCUACGUCCAUAUCUCCUCCGUCGCCUGGAAAGAGACUUCGAAAAGGAACCUCCGAGCAAAUACGACCACCUUGUUCUUUGCCCUCUCGGGGAAUGGCAGCGUUUCCUAUACAAGGAAUUCAUGUUCCGUGCCCAAACUUACGAAGCCUCGCAGUCUGGCGUCUACCAGAGAAUUUGCCAACAUCCUCGCAAAGUGCGUAAUCAUCCAGAUCUUUUCGAAGUUCAACCAGUCAUUACUUCCUUUGCGGUGCCUCGUUCUGCCGUUGAGGGCCAUGAGAUCAAAGAGCUUCUUGUUCGGCGAAAACUCCUACACAAGCACGAGGAGGAGAAAGUUAAUGUUGACCUUUUCGGGUUCCAUUUUAUCGGUCAGCAAGACACUCCGCUUGUUGCUGCCCUGGAAACCCGACUCCCUAACGCAACCGGCCCCUGCUCCUUGCUACGAAAGAUGUCGAAGAGGACACGCGUACCGUCAAAGGCUAUCUUGCAUACUGUGCUCGUUACUUGCAAGCACAAUCGGCCCAAAUCGGCCAUUUCAAUUAUUGUGUUGCUCACAUACACCCAUCUGUAGUGACGAAAUGCUCAACAUCAUGUGGUGAUGUCGACGGUCCAUUCUACCGCUAUUCCACAUUGACCUAAAGUCGUUCUACCUAGACACGGUGACGACGCCAAGCGCAAUGGUAAUAGCUUACGAGCAGCGUGCUCAGGGCCUUGUGGGUGUGAUCAUGGGAUUUGCAAUUGUACUGCGCGAGGGACGUUCUUCGCUUUGCGUGUGCAGGUUGUCAAGAUGCGUACUCCUAAGCUGCAGAGCUGCAGAUCGCAUUCCCCGAUCUGUCGCUUAUCCAACCC